AUGGCUGUGGCAGACCUGAUUGACAUUAACAAGUUGAAUGAGCUGCGCAGGACCAACCCCACCAAGGCCAAAAAUCUCAUAAAAAAGAUAAAAAAGAAAAAUGCCAAGAAGGAAAAGAGAGACAAAACGCAGAAGAAGCGCGACACAACUGGUGGUGUAGAUAGGAACGAUACAAGCAGCUACCGAAACGAACACUACGUGGAAUACGUGGAGGAAGCAGAUAUCGAUGAAGAACUUUUUAAAAACUUCCAAGAUGUGUAUAAAAAGUUUAAAGGCAACAGGGAUGACCUAGCCGAAUACGAACAGCAUAUGGAAGAUGAAAAAAAAAUAAAUCUGGACGAUAGUAGCUACUCGGAAGACGACUCAGAUGAUGAUGAGGAAGACGACGAUGAUGAUGAAGAUGGGGGAAACAGUAAAAAAAAAAAACCCAUUUCUAAAAAAGCCCUAAAAUUGUUAAAUAGACCAUCCGUUGUGGAAUUAAAAGAAUUUGCAAAAAAACCAGAGCUAGUAGAAAUAUGGGAUACGACAGCCAGUGACCCUUUUUUCUUUGUCUGGUUAAAAUGCUUAAAAGAUUCUGUGCCUGUGCCACAGCAGUGGUGCCAAAAGAGGAAAUAUAUGCACGGAAAAAGAGGCAUUGAAAAAAUACCAUACAAAUUACCUCCCUACAUUGAAGAUACAAAAAUAAGUGAAAUUAGACAAGCCAUAAAAGAAAAGGAAGAACAAAAGUCCUUAAAGCAAAAAAUGAGGGAUAGAGUCAGGCCAAAACUUCAUACCAUGGAUAUAGACUACCAAACGCUUCAUGACGCUUUCUUUAAAUAUGCAACAAAACCCAAAUUAGUAAAAUUUGCAGAUGUGUAUUAUGAAGGGAAAGAAUUUGAAUUAAAAACGAAAAAGUUCCGUCCAGGCGUUAUUUCAGAAAAGCUGAGAAAUGCUUUAAAUAUAGAACCCACUGAACCCUUGCCUUGGUUAUAUAAUAUGCAAAAAUAUGGGUUACCUCCCUCUUUUCCUUAUUUAAAUAUUCCAGGGUUAAAUGACCUUACGUCUGAAAACUCUGGAGGGAAAAAUGGCCAUGGAAGUACAUCAGGUUUGAAUCCACAGAAUGGUAUGAACAAACCGCAGGAAGGGGCCGAGGAGGAUGGUAGUGGAGCCAAAACAAAAUACGACAAUGUAGAUGACUCGGGAAAUAUCGUAUAUGGCAAUUUCAUAUCUCAACACAAAAGUGAGAACAGCAGUAAAUACCCAGACGAUUUUCUCUGGGGUGAAAUUGAUGAAAAUUAUGUGAACUCUGAGGAGGACGAAGAGGAAGAGGAGGAGGAAGAUGAGGAGGUGGAGGAGGAGGAAGGAGAUGAAGGUGGACAGGAGGAAGACAACAAAAACAAGAAGAAGAAGAAAAGUAAAAAAGGAUUGUCAAAAGAACAAAAGGAAAAAAUGGAGGGACUCGAUUCGGAAAAUGCAAACCUAAAUUUGAAUGAUGAUAUGAUGAAAGCCAAUUAUAACAGUGGACUGUAUAGUGUUACAACGAAUACAAAAAUAAAUGGCUCCUAUACUCCCUUCAUGGAAAGCGGAGUCACGUCUGUAGACUUAACUUCUUUCAUUUCCGGAUACGAAACCCCCAAAUAUGUUUACAAUAAUAGUUACAUGAAUCCUGCACAUAUUAAACCAUACACUGUUCUGCAAAAGGAAGAAGUACCCACGUCGCAAAAUCAUUUGUUUACGUCAAAUGUGAAAUAUAAAAUUAAUCCCGCAGUUUCUAUCAUGAGUAAGUCUUCCAAUGUUUCAGAGGCAGGGGCAGGAAGUAUCACCCCUUUCAGCGGAGUUGCCAUGUCAACACCUUAUGCGCCUAGUGAGACAGGGAAGAAACUCCAAAUUAACCCCCCACAAACUAAUAUUGAAGAUAUAAAAAAGGAACUCAGCAAACAUGAGGAGUUGUCCAAUAAGGCCAAGCUCGUCUCGGCCCAGGUAGACCCACCCAAGAAGGGGAACAAGGAGGAAAAGAAGAAGAAAAAGAAGAAAUUCUUCAAAUUUUAA